AUGGUGAUAAAAUUAAUUUUUUUAUUUGUGUUUUUUUUAAUGUCUCUUAAUUUAAAACUUGCAUUAAUAAAAAUAGAAAAUGAAAACAAACACAACACAUUCCUUCAAAUCGAUAGGGACAUGAACGAACCACCUUAUCCUGUGAUUAAUGUUCAUUAUACCGAAUCCCCCUUAAGUGGGGACCUAGUAAAACAAAUAGAAAACAAUAGACACAUAGAAAAAUAUGAAACCCAAAACUAUUUUAGAAAGGGCCUGGAGUCGAAUAAAUAUUUCAUGGAUUACUCACAAAACCAAAAAAGCCAAUUGGAAUUGCUAAUUAAUUUAAAUGGAUAG